GGAGAUUCAGUUAUUUUCGUGUUAGUCAGGAGCGGGUCGCGACUUUCAGUGAAUGCGUGUGAUUUUGUCGAUAACUUACAUUAAAUUAGCGAAAAUAUUUUAAUAAACACAGUAAUAAUGGAGGUGACGCAGAUCAGCAAAGAUUUCAAUCGGUCUUUGAAUAUUACUGAUUCAGACAGUGAGGAGAAAUAUAACAGAUUUAGGCAGCAGGGGAAGGAGGCCGCUCAGCGAGGUGAUCUUGAACUUUCUCUGGGAUUUUUCCGACGAGCGUUUGAUGUGCGUCCGAGUGAUAAGAUGCUGGGUCGAAUCCAGCGAUUGGAGGAGGCUAUAAAAGAGCUGAACAUAUCUGAGGAAGAGGAGGAGUUUGUGGACGUGCUCAGCAGUGGGUUAAUGUUGUAUAAAGGGCUUUACGAUCAGCUGUAUGAGCACCAGAAAGAUGGCGUGGCCUUCCUGUACAGCCUGCAUAGGGACGGGCAUGUCGGCGGCAUCCUUGCGGACGACAUGGGUCUGGGCAAGACGGUGCAGGUCAUCAGCUUCCUGUCGGCUAUGUAUGAUGCCGAGCUUAUCAGUCACACGCUUCUCGUCAUGCCCACCUCCCUGAUCAAGACCUGGCUAAAUGAAUUUAAGCGCUGGACCCCUGGCCUGCGAGUCAAAGAGUUUCAUGGCGCCAACAAAUUGGAGCGCAGCCGGAACCUGGAACGAAUCCAGCGUGGGAGUGGAGCCAUCAUCACCACAUAUCAAAUGCUGAAUAAUAACUGGCAGCAGCUGGCCUCAUUCGGAGGACGGGAGUUCUCCUGGGAUUACAUCAUCCUAGAUGAAGCACACAAGAUAAAAAGCCCAUCAACGAAGACUGCGAAGAGUGUGAGCGCAGUUCCGUCACGGCACCGCCUCCUGCUCACUGGCACACCCGUUCAGAACAACCUGCGGGAGAUGUGGGCCCUGUUUGACUUUGCCUGCAAGGGUGCAUUGCUUGGCAGUGCCAAGACCUUUAAAACAGAGUAUGAGAACCCAAUCACACGGGCGAGGGAGAAAGACGCCACUCCCGGAGAGAAAGCUCUUGGGCUUAAAAUCUCUCAGAACCUGACCGAGCUUAUCAAGCCCUACUUCCUGCGAAGGACCAAAGCUGAGGUUCAGAACAGGAAGCAGCUUUCAGACAGGGCCAGUGAGGAAGAUCAGCAACAGAAAGUGCAGAACCAGCAGAGUGCAAGAGUGAAUGAGAUCCCAUCUCUAACACGUAAGACAGAUCUGAUCGUGUGGACAUACCUGAGUGAUGUUCAGGAGGAUGUCUAUAGACAGUUUGUCUCUCUGGACCAUAUCAAAGAACUGUUGACCACCACACACUCUCCACUUGCAGAGCUUACUGUGCUCAAAAAGCUCUGCGAUCAUCCCAGACUGCUCUCUGCCCGAGCCGUUGCCCAGCUCGGAUUCGGGGCGGGGCCAGGGGAUCUCCAAGGGGACGAUGGGCAAUCGGGUGCGAGCAGUAUUGUGGGUGUGGCUGAUGAGACGCUUAUUAAUGAGUCGGGAAAGCUGUGUUUUCUUCUGAGCCUAAUGGAGAGUUUGAGGGAUGAGGGAAAGCGCACACUCAUUUUCUCGCAGUCCAGGAAGAUGCUGGACAUCAUUGAGCGUGUGCUUACUAACAGGAAGUUCUGUCUACUGCGUGUAGAUGGCACCAUCACACAACUCGCUGAGAGAGAAAGACGCAUUGCUCUCUUCCAGACAGAUGCACGCUACUCUGUGUUUCUGCUGACCACACAGGUGGGUGGAGUCGGCCUCACCCUCACUGCUGCCAACAGGGUGGUGAUCUUUGACCCCAGCUGGAACCCUGCCACAGACGCACAGGCAGUGGACCGAGCCUACCGUAUUGGCCAGACACACGACGUCAUCAUCUACAGACUCAUCACCUGUGGAACUGUGGAGGAGAAGAUUUACAGGCGACAGGUGUUUAAGGACUCUUUGAUACGCCAAACCACAGGUGAUAAGAAGAACCCAUUUAGGUACUUCACUAAGCAGGAGCUGAAGGAGCUUUUCACACUGGAGGACACACACUCCUCUUCCACUCAGCUGCAGCUACAGUCACUCCACUCGUCUGCAUGUCGCUCCGACCCUGAGCUGGAGUGCCACAUCUCCGCUCUAAAGGGCAUGAAUGUGUUUGGCGUGUCCCGUCAUGACCUGCUGUUCUCCAAUGAAGAGGAUGAGGAUAUGCUGCAGGACGAGGACACGCAUUACAUUGAUCAGCGUGUUCAGAAAGCACAGGAGUUAGUCCAGGCCGAGUCACAACUGCACAGCCUCAUGAUGGACAACGUCAGUCAGAACACAGAACCCACCUGGCUCCGACUGUCACGGCAUCGAUACCCAGACCAACACAUGGGGAAGGGAGACAGCAAAACCACACCCCCGUGCCCUAAUCUCAGCUCACCUGCUGUGGUGGAUCUUACACAAUCAGGUUUGGAUGAACUGGAUGAAGGGAUGCAGGUGAAAGAUGAUCUUGUGAUAGAUUUAUCCACACACGUGACCGACGACAGUUUUGUUGAACAAGAGAUUAGGAGCAUAAACAGUGAGCAGGGUUUGAUUAUAGAAGAGAAAUCCGAUCAUCUUUCACACUCUUACUCAAAUCAGAUCAUAAAUAUCUCUCCCUUAAAGCAAUCUGAUUUAUCUGUAGCUCUGCUGGGAAUGGAGUCAAAGACCCCUGAAGCAUUUUCACAGGUGGACUUGGGUUCACCUGAAACUUUUUUCGUGUCUGAUGCCUCCAAAGUUUUGUUUAAAGUGGGGAUAGAUUCAUCUACACCUCCAGGAGCAGAGCUAGAUUUAACUAAAUCUAUGGUUGGGGUGGAGUCAAAUCUUUUAAGUCAGACAUCCCCAGAAUAUUUCCCAGGUAAUUUUAAUCUGCAGCUAGAGGACAGUGCAGAGCUGCUCUCAGAGGACAAAGAGGAGACGGUGGAUCAGGAAGAGGAGGAGCUAAGUACAGGAGGCGAAGAAUUCCAACUGCAGAUGGAUGACUCUAGGGAGCAGAUCGAGAGUAACUUUGACCGUGUGAAGGAGAACUCAGCAGUCUCCACGCUGACAGAUGAGUCGCUCCUCUGGCCAUCCAAAAAGAAAAGAUUGCGUGUGCUUUAUGAUAGUGAGGAAGAGGUGGAGAAAGCUGUGUUGCUCAGCAGUCCUUUAGAGGGCAGCUUCAUGGGCCUUGGAUCUUCCACACCCAAAUCUAUGCUGCGUAGUGGCUUCAGACGCAGCAUGAACACAUCAAUCGCAUCACGACGCUCACUGGUAGAGUCACUGCUAGACGACAUGGAGGAGGAGGAGGAGGAGGUGUGCGGAGGAGGAGUGUGCGGAGGAGGAGUGUGCGGAGGAGGAGUGUGCGGAGGAGGAGUGUGCGGAGGAGGAGAUUUUGCAGUGGUAGAGGAGGAGUUUGAGGAGAAAGAGGAAGGUGAUGGAGUGAAGGGUUUCACUGAUGAAUCCACUGAUGUUGAACUGGCCUUUCGAAUUUAUGUGCACCUUUCUGAAGUACAAAGUCUGAGUCUAAAUGAAGUUACACAUCCAAAGGAAAUGUUUGACUCACUGGUGCAUUCUGGGAAACAGUGUUUGGCUGAAGGGAGGAAACAUGAAUCGUUGGAUUUCUUUCUAAAGGCCAUUGACAUUAACACUGGGGACCCUGAGAUACAACUACUCAUCAUUCAACUGUACAGACAACUGAGUCACUGACACACACACACACACACACACACACACACACACAAAGACCUCAUCAUCCAACAAUGCAAACAUUGUAGUUAUUGAGUGUGUGUGUGUGGUGUGGCAAAUUUUAUUUUAACAUUUCUGUUCCAUUUUCUUUUUUUUGUAAAAACUUAAUGAUAAAAUAAAUUUAAUGUUCUGCAGAAA